AUGAAUUAUGGUGACGCAACAAUGUUAAUAGACAAGGCGCUAUUGGCGCUUCUCUGCAAAGUAAAUGCCAUCAAUCACGGCCAAGCUCUGAUUGAUUGGAAUGCAUAUGUGGACGAAUUUAAUAAAACCUACUCCACAGCUGCAGCUCUUACCUCUGCCCAAUACUUCUACAACUACAAUCGCAGGCUGAUCGCACAGCACAACCUGCGCGCUGAUCGUAAUCAGACCACAUAUCGAGUGGCACAAAAUCAAUUCUCAGAUCGGCGAGCCGUAGACUUUGCAGCCCUGCUGCCCAAAGCUGUUUAUCCGUCUACCUCCUUCGAAUCGACUCCGGUACAGGUGGCAGAUGCGCCGCUAUCAUACGAUCCCCGUACCAAUAUCGGCCUCACAUUGACGCCGGAAGAUCAGGGAACAGUGUGCAGCAGCAGCUGGGCCUACUCAGUAGCUAAGGCCGUGGAACUGAUGAACGCUCUGCAGACCGCCAAUUUGGCGCCCCAAUCAUUGUCAGCCCAGAAUCUGAUCAAUUGUGCUGGCAGCGGCACAGGAUGCACCACUCAGGUGCCCCAGAUGGCCUUCGACUACUUGACCCAGUACGCCGAAACGGAGCUGGUACUGCAGUCCGAGUAUCCAAAUAAUAAUACCCUAGCCCAGCAGGGCAUGUGCACACCGCCCCAAGCCACGGUCACUCUGCAGCUCACCAGCUAUGGGCGUCUGACCGAUGGCGACGACGCCACACUCAUGCGUUACGUGGGCAAUGGCAUUCCCGUCAUUGUGGAGUUCAACUUCAAUAAGGAUGCAUUCGGAUUUAUGCAUUAUAGCAGCGGUAUCUAUCAGCCGCAGACUGCAGCCUCUCUCACCAAACAGUCCUCACAGUUUCUAGUCGUGGUUGGCUAUGGACAGGAUGCAGCUACGAACCUGGACUUCUGGCUGUGCCUCAACUCCUUUGGACCGCAAUGGGGUGAGAAUGGUCUCAUUCGAAUACUCCGAAGCUCCACGCAGCCCAUUGCCAAUAGAGCCAUUUUCCCCAACGAGAUAGCUUAA